UUCGCCUUGCAGAUGGUGACGAGAUGGUGACGAGUUUCCCUGUGUAAUUAGGUUUUCUGGAAGUGGUAAAUAAAAAUCGGCGGUACAGAAACAAGGCUAAUCAUAAUGCACCCGUCGGAAGUACAAAUGAAAAAAAUGUCGCCUUUGUGUCUACCAAAAUCUUGUGGUAGAAAACAGUCUCGCGUUACCGUUACCAGCGAAGAAUCCAAUUUGGACAAAAAACCACAAAGCAUCAGGUUUCAGAGAGGUGCAAUGUCACGGGAAAAUACGCUCUCUAACCAGGAAGUGCCGUCAUCGGACACGAACUUGGACGAACUGAGGAAGUCAUUCGGAAUGGCAGACAGGGACGGGCAGUCUGGUCUGAACAUAGAGCAGUUCGUGGAAGCCGUCAAACGGACAACUACCAAAGUGAUGAGCGAGGACGAGAUCCGACUGAUCUUCAUGAAGAUGGACGUGGACUGUAACGGCACGGUCGACUGGACGGAGUACGUCACCUACCACAUGUUCACGCGCCAGGUGAACAGCCAGCUGAUGCAGAUGCUGCAGGAAAAACCGUUCGUCAACGAGAUGAAGACCGUCACGGCCAGGACGCAUGAGCCCAUCGUCAGCAUCGUCUUCUUCCCGCACGUGACCAAACACUCCACCAAGUACGACUACAAGGACGGCAAGUACGUGACGCUCAGCAAGGACGGCAUCAUCAGCUUCUGGACGCUGGAGAUGAAACACAAGGUGAACCUGAACAUCAACCACGACGACACCCGCGUCAACCGGCCCUGGUUCCUCGGCAUGGUGUGCAUGUACAACGCCAGCAUCCUGGCCCUCGCCACCACUGACCGCGAGUUCGUCUUCGUCGACAUCACCACCGACUCCUUUCUCAAGCGCUUCGUCAUCACGGGACUCGAGAACUGCGUCACCGCCAUGCACUUCUGGACCGACCUCAGGGACAGGCGCUUCGCCAUCUUGGCGUGGGGAGACACGCACGGCAAUACAUACGCGCUGUAUUUCAAGGUGUUACGAGGGGGCGGACUGUUCGCGUCCACCAGUGACAAGAAGGACACGGCAAAGAAAGCGUCCUAUUCGGAGAUCAUGCGCGGUCUGGUUCCCUACAUCCGCUGUUACAAGCUGGCCGGGGUGCACGAGGACUGGGUGUGCCAGAUCAAGUUCGUACCCGAGCUGAAGGGCUUCAUAUCGUGCUGCCAGAGGUCGAACACGUCGCUGUUUGUGGCAGACUUUAUCAAGAACCGGACGCCAGUGUACUACAAGGUCAAUAAGGGACUGACGUGCUUCGACUACUGCUCCGUGUUGAAUGUCAUCGUGACCGGCGGCAUUGACUGCGCAGUCCGUGUGUGGAACCCCUACCUAACCCACAGGGCCAUCGCCUUCCUUAAGGGUCACACCAGGCCCAUCAUCUACGUGUUCGUGAACAGCAACCGCAGCCAGGUGCUGAGCAUCGACCAGGACAAGGCGAUCAACAUCUUCGGCCUCAAGGACCAGACGUGGGUGCAGCACAUCGGGCACCGCAUCGUGCGCCUAGGGCCGUUUCCGUUGACAGCGACCUUCUUCAACGAGAAGCUGCAGCACCUGAUCCUGGCCACCAAUCACCUGGGAAUGAUGGAGCAGAAGUACGAGACGAAGCCGACGGACGCCAUCUCGCACAAGAACCCCGUCGUCGUGUCGCUGUACAACAAGACAUUCAAGUACCUCGUCACCGCCUGCGAGGGCUCCGUCGUCAGCAUCUGGGACAUCAAGACCGGGAGCAAGGUGAUGCAGUUCAUCAACGCGCACACGUCGGUGACGGAUGGCAUCGAGUCCCCGAUCGAGAUCACCGCCAUGACGUUCGACAGCCAGGAGAAGCGCGUCCUCACUGGCGCCAGGAACGGCACCGUCAAGGUGUGGAACUUCAACAACGGCUCGUGCCUGCAGGAGUUCGCCAUACGGGAGGGCACGCCGGUCGUCGCUAUCGUCUGCAUCGCGUCCGAGGUCUACGUCACGGGCUGGAGCAGGAACGUCAGCGUCUUCGUCGACGGCGCGAGCAACGAAUGCAGGAAGACGUGGAUGACGCGCCACCACGAGGACAUCCUCAGCAUGGCUUAUCAGGCACCCCACACCAUCGCGACAAGCUCCUACGACGGUGACAUCAUCCUGUGGCUGCGCGACACGGGGCAGGCGGUCUCGCGGCUGAACGCCCACGAGAGCGACCGGUCGAUCGACCUGACCCACGAUUACAGGAGGCACUUCUCCAUGAUAGCCGUCUCGUUCUCCGAGUGCUUGUCAGAAUCGACCGCUGGCGAAAGCAAUACGUGUGUGGACGUUGAUGAAGCGGCCGACAGAGUGGACAACAGCACCACCGCAGUGGACGGCGGCUUGGUCUCAGAAAGACAAAAUGGUGGUUUGACGCCAGAAAGAAGCAACAGCUUGGUCCUGGAAAGGAAAAACAGUGGCGUUUCGCCAGAAAGAAGGAACAGCUUGGCUCAGAAGAGACAAAACGGUAGCGUUUCGCCAGAAAGAAAGAAUAGCUUGGCGCAGGAAAGACGAAACGGUGGAUUUUCGCCAGAAAGAACGAACAGCUUGUCCCCAACAAGACAUGGAUUUUCGCCAGAAAGAAGGAAGAGCUUGGCCCCGGAAAGACAAAGCGGUGGUUUAACACCAGAAAGAAGGAACAGUUUACCAGCACAAAGUAGGCAGAAGAGCGUGUCGCCACAAAACAGCAAGAAUAUGUUAUCACGAGGAAGCUAUGAAUUGACACCAGAAACAAGCCAGAGCUGGGAACCGGAAAGAAGGAACAGCUCGACGCCAGAGGACAGCAGCAGCUGGUCGCCAGGACGACAAGGCAACGGCUACUUAGCACCCGAAUACUCGAACCUGACACCAGAACGGAAAAACAGCAAUGUGUCAGAAACGCCGUCUGAAAGACGCAACAGGUUCAUGUUCAAGAGAUCGCUCUUCGCCGACCUGAUGGGGAAAGACGAAGAGAACGUGGUGGUCGUCCAGAAGAAAAAGUCCAACGACUUCUACGAGCACCCGCUGCUGUGGGCGCUGGACAAGAAGGCGAUCGUCAGCCAGGGCAGCAAGUACCGGCCGAGGAAGCGGUACCCGAGGGAGGACUACGACAACCUGUGCAGACUGUACGAGGCCGCGGUGGACACGAUCCUCUUCCUGGAGACCCGCGACCCGCAGGACAAGGACACGGCGACGCUCAUGUCCGCGGGCGCCGAGGGCUGGGUCAGGGCCUGGUCCACCCACAAGAGGGGCGGUCUGCUAGGCCAGUUCAACGCGGGACACGAGGUCGGGUACUCGGUGACGCACAUGGUGACGGACAUCAAGAAUCGCUACGUUGUCACCUCGGACUCUAUGGGGUACGUGAAGGUGUGGGACAUCGUCAACUACUGUGCCAGCAGGACGAUGUCCGAGGAGGAGCUUGAAGACCACAGGGAAAGGAUGAGGAACAAGUUCGCCUUCCUGAGGUUCACGGGGCAGUUCGAGAAGUCCUUCUAUGGCAGCGCGGUGGCCGACAAGAAGGAGACGAGGAGACCCCCACCGAAGACCAGCAAACCAGAGUUGACCCUGAAGACGCCGCCGCUACUGAACUCGUUCCGGGCGCACCUGCAGGCUGUCAACUACAUGAACAUCGUCAACGACGACUACCUGAUCACGUGCAGCUCGGACCAGUCGGUGCGCAUGUGGACGCUGUGCGGCCGGUACAUCGGCACGUUCGGCGAGACGUGGAGCCGGCUGCCGGACGACGCCGAGCCGUCCGAGGUGACGUGCUCCAUGCCCGUCGACCUCAGGCGCACGGCCUCGGCGAGGACCCUGUGGGUGCUGAAUGGGGGCCAGCGGCCCCACUGGGAGACCGCGUUACGCGUGAUGCGCCAGAUAGGCGUCUGUCGUCUGCUCCGCCAGGCGGGCUUCAAGUGGUCGCAGAAGGCCCAGGCCGAAACACCCGUCACCAAGGUGCAGACGACCUCCGUGGAUAUCGGCAGCAACAUCCUGGGCGUGUCCUACAGGCGCCAGAUGAGACACCGGAUGACGCCCGAGAUGCCCAGGUUGUUCGACAGACCCUGUUCGAUUGCCGUCUAUCACACUUUACCAUUUGUGGACUUAUCCCCCGUGGAGUAUCGAACCGAGGUGAUGGAUGACAUCAACGUCCGGCGCAUGGAGUCGCACACUAGAAGGUCCAAGGCGAAAGAGCUGCACGCCAGCUUCAUGUUGGACAAGAUGUGGACGCCCAGCACCAAGUCCGGCGCGGGCAUCAGUCGGCACCGAUUCUCCCAGGACGCGCACCACGGCAGGUCGUCGGACAGAGAGCAGAAAGAAGCGUCUCGGGCCUCCGUGGAUAGUCUGGGUGCAAGCCAGAGCUCGUCCCCGGAGGUGGCCGUAACGUUGAAGCUGCCUCCCAUUGAGAAGGCGACGUCAUGAAGUUUAUCUUGCGAAAUAUAUUCGUCAUUGGUGUCCGAUGAUGCCAACAACUGUGGGAUGUCGGUCUAUGUGUGGGGGGUGGGGGAUGGAGUAUUAUUUCGUCUUCAAAAAAGGAGGAGGGCCAGAGGUGGGGGAAAUUCGUAUUCUUUGGCCUAUCCAGUAUCAGAAUUGUGGUGCUUUUUCUCGCUUCCGCUAUUUCUUUGUUAAAUGGUUAUUAGAAAUAGGAUGGGACAAGUCUGGGUGCUUUCGCCAAUAUGUCCAGGGUUUUGGCCAUCUCCAUAUUGAAGUAUACUAGUAGUUGAAAAAAUGUACAAAUUAAUAUAUUCAUAUAGUUAGGAGCUGUCCAACAUUUUUAGUCCUUCAAAUAGUAUUACUUUUCUAGAUAUAGAUACAUCUAUAUGAAUCUUAUGGCCAAAUUUAAAAUCAUAUAUUAAUGUUAAAAAUAUAUAUAUAUUAUAUUAAACAUAAUUAAACUUAAGAAAAACCUUGCUCUCUUGUUACAUACAUGGGUUGUUUUUUUUGUUUUUUUUAAGUUAAACAAUGCCAACAGUUGUAUACCUACCCUAAAUAAUUUGCUUAAAAAAAUACAAAUAUUUGAGACUAUCUACCUACCCUAAAUUUUCUGACUUAUGUAAUCGGAACCACACACAUCAUUCUGUUUGGCCUAAUAUCCAUGGGUGUUGGGGUUUUUUAAAACCAGUGACAGUGGUAUUUAUCGAUUGUGUUAACCAAAUGUAAAUUUGUGACGUAGUGCAUAGGCGAUUCUUUGCAAAGAAACCAUCCAGUCUACUAGCAUUGACAAGAUUUUCCUUACUAACAGAACACUUUGAUGACUAAAAUAAACAUCUUAAAUAUAUCUUUUUGUAUAAAAAUAGCAGUCCUUAUAUUCAAUGUGUUUCUGUUUGGUAGUCCUAACAUCUGCAGUAGCUGCAUCUUCUUAAAUCUUACUAUGCAUAUUUUUCAUAGGUACAUAAAUACAGGGAGAUAAAAUCGUUUGGACUAUUGCUGACAUUACAAUGAUCAGAAACACAUUGAUUAUACAGACAUUGCUA